AUGGAAAAAGUUCCACUGAAUCACCUACACCAGCAUGGUAAGUUUAUGUUUAGCAGAUUCUUCUAUUUUUAUAAAUUCUUCUAUUCUUACAUUGAACACAUUUUAUGUGACUGCAGCUCUAAUAAAGUCGUCAUAUGUAAUAUUCAUGUGCUUUUCAAUCCUAAAAGGGGAGAGAUUAAGCUUGGACAGGUUAGGGUUCUUCUAGAAAGAGCUUAUGCUACAUCAAAACUUUGGGAUAAUGCUCCUGUUGUUCUUUGUGGAGAUUUUAACUCUACCCCUAAGAGUUCAUUGUACAACUUCAUAUCAGAUCAAAAGUUAAAUGUGUCUGAACUUCCUAGAAAUAAGAUAUCAGGUCAAGAUUCUGGUGAAAUUCGACCCAAAAGACAGUUUACUAAUACUUUCAGAACUCAGCCAACUGAUAAUGCAACUCAAUCUCCUGAUAACAAGGAAGUCCAGCAGGAAGACGAAAAAACCACUAGUUUGCUUCCUGAUAAAACACAUGAACAUGAAAAAGUUGAGGGCAAUGCUGGAAACACUACUGUGACAUUAUCAACAGAAGAAAUAUUUGAAGGCAUGGAAGAUGUAUCUGUAAGUGUGAGUGAGGAUUCCACUUCAUUUUUGUCUGAGUUACACGGGGCUGAUGGAUCUGACUUUGUGGGAGUGAACAUGAGCUUUGAGGGUGAGCUGGAUUCAGGAGGAACUCCUGAGAAGUCUGGUUAUGGUUAUGACCCAUCAGGGUGGACCCCAAUGGAAAUAGAGGCUGCAACAGGAAGUUCAGAAUGCACAACUAUGGAACAUCCUUUGAGAUUAAGAAGCACAUAUUCAGAAGUUGAGGAUUAUUCAGGAACAAGAGACUCGAAUGGGGAGCCCCAGGUGACUAGCUACCAUAGGACUUUCCAGGGGACAGUUGAUUACAUCUGGCGAUCUGAGGGUCUCCAGACUGUGAGGAUCCUUGCUCCUAUACCAAAACAUGCAAUGCAGUGGACUCCUGGAUUUCCUACAAAGAGAUGGGGAAGUGAUCAUGUUGCAUUGGUUGCUGAGUUGGCUUUCAAUAAAGAUGUGAAUGAUGAAACAUCACAAGAUGUUUAGUUUGCAAGAAUGAGGCUAUACGGGAAGAUCCUACAAUGAUAACAAAGAGGAUUUGUGUUUUGCUAAAGCCUAAAAUACAAGUAUCUUUGGAAUGUAAUUCUCACCUAAAAUAUGUUUUCGUGGGCUGAUUUGACAAGUAAAGGUUAGGUUAAUGUGUAUAUUUAUACGGGUUUUUGGCACUGUAGCACAACAAAGUUUGGUCAAUUUACACAUUUAGUCACUCAAGUUAUUUUUUUGCAUAACAAACCAUUAAAGUUAUUUUUUACCUGUCA